UCCUCUUUCCUGGGGCAACAGCACAGUGUGAGACAGCCGGCACUAGUCAAGUUAUUAAGUGGACUUUAUCCGGGGCCUUUUCUCCUAGUUGUUUUUGUGAACGCUUCAUUUUCUUAGCGUUUCAGGAGAUUUAUAACAUCCUGCAGCUCAGUUUCUGAGAGCUUUACUGAUUUAUCUCUCUACUCAAAACAAGCGUUGAUUCCUGCAAUUCUGAAGAUCUCAAGAUCUGAAAUAAUGUUGAAAAAUUUGCAGUGAGACAUGGCCAAUGAACGGUGGAAAAUUGUUCUACUUAAUGGAUUGGAGGAGUGCAACGAAUAUCAGUUUAAAAUGAUUAAGUUAUUACUGGCCAAAACGUUAAAGCUGUCUGCAAAAAUGCAAGAAGAAUAUGACAAAGUAAAGAUUGCUAAUUUGAUGAUAAAAGAGUUCGAACAUGACGCUGGUGUGAAUAAAUUUAUAAAACUCUGCAAAGAUGUAACAGCACUUCAACCCAUUGCAGAAAAACUUAGAGCAGAAAAGGCAAAAGUUAUGAAUAAAAUCAAAUCCACACCAGAAAAGGGAACAACCCCUUCAGAGAAGAGGAAGCAGAAAGAAGAGGGUCCUGCUACACCUGCCCCCUCCACAAGCAAAGUUCUCACAUCUCAAGGAGCAGAGGUGACUCCUGGACAUCAGAAAAGAAAAAGUGCAGCCGAAGGAAAGGACAGGACCAAAAGGAUUAAGGUGUCAGAGGAGAAGACUCAGUUUCCCUGUCCUGCAGGAGUCAGCAUGUUCACACCCAUGGGCCAUCCCCCACCUCCCCAGACCUCAUCAGCUCCAUCCAACACUUCCCCACCUGAGAACCCAAAACCAUGGGCCAACUCUCAAGUAACCGCCAGAAGACCUGAUCUCCGAAAGGGCCCGACGGUGGUGAUGGUGCUGAGUGCAGCAGACCCAUUUGCAUAUGAGUCCUCAGAAAAGGAGAUGAAAUCAAUGUUUCAUGCCACAGUGGCUACAGAGAAACAGUUCUUUCACAUGAAGGUUUUCAACAUCAGCCUGAAGAGAAAAUUCACCAGAAAUAGAAUUAUCAUUUUGUCAGAUUAUUUUGAAAACGACCAUCUCCUAGAGGUGAAUGAAACCUCUUCUGUAUCUGAAGCUGGUCCUGACCAAAAGAUUGAGGUUCCAGACAACAUCAAAAGAAGAGCAAAGGAAACCCUGCCGAUUGAUAUCAUUAAAAGGCAAGCUUCUGAAACUAUUGUACAUGGAUCAUUUACGCUACAUAAGAGAACAGUAAAUAAGAACAACACAAUCUAUGAAAUCCAGGAUGAUACAGGAAACAUGGAAGUAGUGGGAAAAGGAAAAUGUCACAAUAUUCCCUGCGAGGAAGGAGAUAAACUUCAACUCUUCUGCUUUCGACUGAGAAAAAAGAACCAGACAUCAAAACUGAUUUCUAAAAUACAUAGUUUCAUCCAGGUAAAGAAAAAAACAAACCAGAGGAUCUAUGACUCCAAGACAUUGAAACUACCCGAGAAGCAGAAUGAGGUUCUAAAACGUUCAGAGGCCAGCACAACCCUGACUCAGCGCCACCCCCAGACUCCUCUGAUGCCUCCAGCAGCCCCACCCAGCACUUUCUUACUUAAGGUAAAGGAAAAUACAAACCAGAGGAUCUAUGACUCCAAGACAUUGAAAGUAUCCGAGAAGCAGAAUGAGGUUCCAAAACGUUCAGAGGCCAGCACAACCCUGACUCAGCGCCACCCCAGGACUCCUCUGAUGCCUCCAGCAGCCCCACCCAGCACUUUGUUACUUAAGGUAAAGAAAAAAACAAACCAGACAAUCUAUGACUCCAAGACAUUGAAACUAUCCGAGAAGCACAAUGAGGUUCCAAAACGUUCAGAGGCCAGCACAACCCUGACUCAGCGCCACCCCCAGACUCCUCCGAUGCCUCCAGCAGCCCCACCCAGCACUUUCUUACUUAAGAAGGAACAAGCCAUCCCAGGAGCAGAGACUUACUCUGCAAACAUCAGAUUCAGCACACCAACUGUGGCCCCUGCUCAUCUUUAUGCGCCAUAUCCAAAACUCCCAUCCAGCAGUUUCUUAAGCAAGAAAGAAGACAGAAUCACCCAAACCAAAGACACCAUGAGGAUACAGAUGUCACCAGAAGAGAAUCAAGUUUCAGGACUAUUCACAACCAGCACAUGCCCAACUGAGAGCAUGCCCCAGACUCCCAAGAUGCCUCCAGCAACAUCAUCCAGCAGUUCCUUGAUCAAGAAAUCAAGACGGAAACCUAUACCUAAAGAAGCUUCCACAGAAGAAGGCCACCAGAGUGGACCCUUAGAAGUGAUGGUGCUUAAAGCAACAGAACCAUUUGUAUAUGCAUUCAAAGAGGAGAAAAAGAUGUUUCAUGCCACAGUGGCUACGGAAAGUGAAUUCUUCCGGGUAAAAGUUUUCAACAUCAACCUAAAAGAGAAGUUCACUCCAAGGAAGAUCAUUACCAUAUCGGAUUAUGUGGGGCGCAAUGGGUUCCUGGAAGUAUACCCUUUCUCAUCCGUGUCUGAAGUGGGUGCUGACCGAAAGAUGGAGAUCUCAAGCAGUCUGAUUAAAAAUGCUAAUGCAACUCCUAAGAUCAAUCAUCUCUGUUCACAAACUAAAGAAAAAUUUGUGAAUGGGGUGUUUAUGGUACACAAGAAAAAUGUGAGGGAUAAAUGCACUUAUUACGAAAUACAAGAUAAUACAGGGAGGAUGGAAGUAGUGGUGUAUGGACGACUGACCACAGUCAACUGUGAGGAAGGUGAUAAACUUAAACUCAUCUGCUUUGAGCUGGCACACACAAGUGAGGACAACUGGCAGCUGAGAUCCGUAAUUCACAGUUACAUCAAGGUCAUCAAGGCCAGGAAAAGCAAUAAUCAAACACUCAAUUCUGAUUCAUAUAUGGAAACUUCACUAGAGUCGUCCUUCUACAAACCUGGAUGCCAUUGAUAAUGAUGUUUAUGGAGAUAAGAUCCAAGUGCAAAAAAAAAAAAAAAAACCCCAAUAUGUACAGAUAACCUGGUGGAAA